AUGACUGAUUUGAGCUGCAAAAAGCAUACUGACUGCACCAUCUCUAGACUGCUCAAUGUUGUGGAGAACGAGCUCCAAGCUGGACGAGACAAAGGAGACCCCACUGAGAAACAGCUCCAGGUGGUUUUGGAGGAUGCUGCAUUAUGGCAAAGAUUCAAAGAAGUGACGAAUGAGAUGAUUGUCACCAAGAAUGGAAGACGGAUGUUUCCAGUUUUAAAGAUUAGUGUUUCGGGCUUGGAUCCAAAUGCCAUGUAUUCUUUCCUGCUGGAUUUUGCUCCAACAGACAGCCACCGCUGGAAAUAUGUGAAUGGAGAAUGGGUGCCAGCUGGGAAGCCAGAGCCAUCGAACCACAGCUGUGUCUACAUCCACCCAGACUCUCCCAACUUUGGGGCCCACUGGAUGAAAGCCCCCAUAUCUUUCAGCAAAGUGAAACUUACCAACAAGCUGAAUGGGAAUGGGCCGAUUAUGCUAAAUUCUUUACACAAAUAUGAGCCUCAAGUUCAUAUUGUCUGCGUUGGAGGUCCACACAGGAUGGUAAUGAAUUGUUCCUUUCCUGAAACUCAGUUCAUAGCUGUGACUGCUUAUCAAAAUGAAGAGAUAACAGCCCUCAAAAUCAAGUACAAUCCUUUUGCCAAAGCCUUUCUGGAUGCUAGAGAAAGAAACCAUACAAAGGAUACCUCAGAUACUGCUUCUGAAAGUCAGCACAUGACAUAUUCUCACUUGGGUAGCUGGUUGAUUUCCAGUCCAGAUGCAGUGUGUGCAGCAGGAAAUUCAAGCUAUCAGUACAGUGGCCCUUUUUCUCUGCCCUCAUCACAUUCUCAUCACAGCUGUGAACACUAUCCAGCCGCCCUCCGAGGGCACAGAGCUAUGCCGUACCCUGCCUCUUACAUGCAGAGAAAUCACUCCCCAUCAGUGAAUUUGAUAGAGGGUACCAAUGAUGAUGUUCAAGUAUCCCCAGGCCAAGAGGGUUGGACUUCGGUACCAUCCAGUCCCCAUGCCGGCUUCCUCCCACUGUCGCACAAUAAUGGCACUGCUACUCCAGGACCUAGCCACUAUCCAUGCCUGUGGACUGUCAGCAACAAUGCCGUUAACGUUGCCAGCCUUGCCAGUGAUGUAAACAGCAACCCUCCAGGAACAUUCCUGCGCAGCAACAUCCCAUUGUCUGCCACAUCCUCGUCUGUUCCGAUUCCUCUGCCGGGAGCAGUUGCCAGCAGCAUUGAAAUACAAUUGGAGCCUGCUGUUCCCAGACUAACAGAUUCCAGCUGGGCAUCUGUAGCUUCGCAUUCUUUUUAAGGGAUAGCCAGCUGUACAAGGAAGCCAACAGCCUCCUGAAUGGAGUUGAACUGAAGGCUGCCAUUCUCAUAGCCAAGACCCAAUGAUGCUCCACCUUUUAUACUUCUGUCAACUUCAGCUUGGAGUCCAGUAACACAUGGAACAAAAUGGAGGGAAGGGGGCAUCUCUGCUACUUUGCUACUCAGCUCUAUGGAUACCGGGAGAGAAGAAAUUGGAAAGGGAGACUUGCUAGCUGUCCUGCCCAAGGAGAAAGAGAAAGUGACUCCCAGAGGAAGGUUGCCAACUGCCUGGAGAAAUCAAUGAUUCAAGGGACAAGACAUUAGACAAGACAUUAGAUGCUAGUACUUAUCUCCAUGCCAUGAAAAACCCCAGCUGCUCAUUUCCACACAUUAAGGCUUUAUUAGAAGGACAGGAAGAGAUUUUUCUCCAGACCUGUUGGCAGCCCUAUCUGGGGAGAAGAGUAUCACUUUUGAUGUGAAAGGGCAAGGUAGAAAUCAAAUAAAUAAAAUUAAAAAUGAAGUGUUAUUUUAAUCUGAUUUUAGAAAUGUGGAUGGCUGUAAACUGUGGUUUGCUGAAUAACCACUCAGGGACAUAUUUGUUUUGAGGAGACUUUCAACUUCUGGUGAAAACAGUCUGCUCAGUUUCCCUGUUUAAUGUCAAUUCUUGACUUCUC